CUAAGCAUGACGGACUGUCGUCGUGUCCACAUCCUGUACAGGUACCUUCACGACAGCCUGGGAAAUAGUGGGAAAGCUUGAUCAAGCUGUUGGGCAUCCGUCAAUCAGCGAGCUCGCCAUGUCUGGCUUCUCGCCAAUGGCGCUUCCCCCAGCGACCCGAGGCCUGACCUUCGCGCUGCUGGGCUUCACUACUAUCCUGGCAUUGAUGCGUUUCACCCUGACCGAGGAGAAGCUGAAGGCCCAGUCUUUUAGCAAGCAAGAUUCAGCACUCGAAUUCCCAUGGCUGGUCAUUGUACCUGGACAGAGCUGGAUGUACCCUUGGACCCUACUCACAUCUGGCUUCUGCGAGACAUCAUUCAUCGAGGCCGUACUCUCGCUCAUCUUGAUACCAUUGCUAGGGCGGUACCUCGAGCAAAUCUGGGGAGCAGUCGAGCUACUCAAAUUCUCGGCUGUCGUCAUUAUCGGUAGUAACAUUAUCGCUUGGGCGCUUGCCAUACUCCAAUUUGCGGUGCUGCGAAACGUCUACGUCAUCUAUGGAACUCAGUACCAUGGAUUGACUGGACUCCAAACUGGCUUCUUAGUCGGGCUCACACAGAUGAUCCCGGAACACCAAGUUCAAAUAUUCAAUGGAAGGCUCAAUUUUCAUGUCAAGAACCUGCCGAUGGGUUACGUUACCUUCUCAACAGUGCUCUGCAUGUUGGGCUUCAUCUCGCCUUGGAUCCUGAUUCAGUUCGGCUGGCUCAUUGGUUGGGUCUGGCUUCGCUUCUUUAGGCUGAGCGAAUCUGGUUUCCGAGGGGACCACAGCGAGACAUUCUCCUUCGUCUCCUGGUUCCCGCCUUUUGUGCACAGGCCGGUGACGAUUCUUUCCAAUUUCUUACAUCGCAUCUUCAUUCGGCUACACGUCAUCCAACCAUGGCAGUACAGCGACCUUGAGACAGGGCCGAAUGCAUCCCACAUACCUAGCGGGCCCAGCCGUGCAGAGGCAGAACGAAGAAGAGCGAUGGCACUAAAGGCACUCGACCAACGAGUCGCAGGGAACCCAGGCGGCGGUCGGGGUGCUAAGGGGCCGGGGCUUAGCAGGCAAGGCAGCACACAUGCUUCUGGAGCUGCCUCUUCAUCUGCAGCUCGGGCGGAUUCGCGUACAAAUGGAGAUGCCGGCGCCGACGUCGCUCACGCUGCCGCGGACGACAAGGACAUCGACGACACGCAAGAGGCCGACGGCCUUCUAAAAUUGGACCAGGAUGAGGGCGAUUUGGGCGCUACUCGAUAGUUUAUGAAUGGCGACACACCAUGUACUGAAGCCCCACUGCACGCAACAAAAAGCAUUUGAAGAUG